UGCUAUUCGCACGAGUAGCAAUCCCAUCUCUCUUCCACAGAACAAUUCCUAAUUCCAUCACCCGAAAAAACCCUAAACCCUAUCCCUCUCCAACCCCAUCCCAAAGAUGCCGGGCGGCGAGCUCCCGCCCUUCCGCCCGCUAGAUUCCCACGGAAUCCUCCGCUCCCCGGGCUGCCCGAGCGUUUUGGGCAGAGCGUUCCCGUUUAAGCUCAAGUACCAAGCCUUCUCGUCAAAGCCUCGCCCCCUUCUCUUUCCUCGCCGCUGGAGGAGGGACCUGUGUGUGGCGAGCACCGGGAGCAGAGAGAAAUUUUUGUUCGAGGACGAGGCCGUGCUCGGCGAUCGGAUCAGUGAUGGAAUGACUGGGAAUUUGGAUCCAAAUAGGGUAAGAAUAAAGAAAAAUGACAGGGACAUCUCGCCAUUGGUGCGGAAUGGGGUGUACUUGAAGAGGCAGAGAGACGGUGGCUCCGAUGGUUUGCAGGGGUUCGACGACAGCAGGAAGUCAAGGCAUUUUUCUAAAAAGAGAUUGGAUGAUGCAUUGGACGAGGAAGAGGGGAAAGAGAAGAGGGAUGGUGAUGAAGACAUCACAAAAGUCAGGGGAAGAAGUUCUGUGGGAGAAAAUGAAGCUCACCUGAGCCAAACUAGGUUUGAACAAUGUUCUAUUUCUCUUUUGUCAUUGAAAGGAGUAAAAGCAGCUGGAUAUGAGAGGAUGACUCUGGUGCAAGAAGCAACUCUCCCUCUCAUCCUUAAAGGCAAAGAUGUUCUUGCAAAGGCAAAGACUGGAACCGGAAAGACUUUAGCAUUUUUGCUUCCAGCAAUUGAGGUCAUUUCCAAAUUGCCUUCUGGUGAUCAUGAUCAAAAAAGACCCUCAAUCAAUGUGCUUGUUGUAUGCCCUACUAGAGAGCUUGCAAGCCAAGCUGCAGCAGAGGCUAAGAAACUUUUAAAGUUUCACCCUUCUAUUGGUGUACAAGUUGCAAUUGGUGGCACACGGAUUACACUAGAACAGAAAUGCAUGCAAGCUAAUCCUUGCCAGAUUCUUGUGGCAACACCUGGAAGACUUAAAGAUCAUAUCCAAAACACGCAAGGAUUUGCCACUCGGCUAAUGGGCGUGAAAGUCCUUGUUCUUGACGAAGCUGACCAAUUAUUAGAUAUGGGAUUUCGGAAAGAUAUUGAGAAGAUUGUUGCUGCUGUUCCGAAACAAAGACAAACACUUCUAUUUUCUGCUACCGUUCCAGCUGAGGUUCGUCAAAUUUGUCACAUUGCAAUGAAAAGAGACUAUGAGCUUAUUAACACAGUGGAAGAGGGUACUGAGGAAACACACUCGCAGGUCAGACAAACAUAUCUAGUCGCACCAUUAGAUAAGCAUUUUCAAAUAUUAUAUAGUAUUCUCACAAAGCAUAUUUCAGAAGAUGCUGACUAUAAGGUAAGUGAUGCUAUUUCACCAUGUUUCCCUUUUCUGGCUGUGUGUUUUGUUUGCGAAGUUCUUUAUAUGGAGUUGUUGCAGGUAAUUGUAUUUUGUACAACUGCAAUGGUUACCAAACUUGUCGCUGACCUUCUCUCCAAAUUGCACUUGAAUGUACGAGAGAUCCAUUCAAGAAAGCAACAGAAUUAUAGAACCAGGGUUUCAGAAGAGUUUAGGCAGUCAAAAGGUCUUAUACUUGUGAGUUCUGAUGUGUCCGCAAGGGGAGUUGAUUACCCAGAUGUCACUCUUGUUAUACAGGUUGGGUUGCCUUCUGAUAGAGAGCAAUAUAUACAUCGGCUUGGUAGAACUGGUCGAACGGGUAAGGAAGGAAUGGGCAUAUUGAUGCUGGCACCAUGGGAAAAGUUCUUUCUGGCUAGCAUCAAUGAUUUGCCAGUAACUGAGGCUCCACCACCACCAACUGAUCCAAACACCAGAAUGAAAGUGGAACGUGCACUGUCAUAUGUGGAGACGAAGAACAAAAGUUCAGCUUAUCAAGCUUGGCUAGGUUAUUAUAAUUCAAAUAAAAAUAUUGGCCGAGACAAGACGAGGCUUGUGGAACUAGCAAAUGAGUUCAGCCAAAGCAUGGGGCUCAACAAACCUCCAGCCAUACCCAAACUAAUUGUUAGAAAAAUGGGACUCACCAAUGUCCCCGGUUUGUGCACCAAGUAGCUCUCAAAACUUCAUUUUCUCUGCUCUCCAUGACAAAUCUAAAGAUUCUUUGUUAGCUUUACUGUUGAGCAAUUAAUUUCAUUGUUCACAACAAAUGGAUCUACAGUAGCUCCUCUACGAAUGCUGAAGCUACUUAUUUAUGGAUAUUCUACUCCCUUGAAUUCUGGGUGCAGUUACCUUUUUGUAAAAGCGUAAAGUACCAUUGAGGUUGGCAAAGAAAUUCUUUUAAUAAUGGACUGGAAAGUAUCACUACCAUUCCGGA